AAUGAGAGAGAGAGAGAGAGAGAGAGAGGAGGGAACUGAGCUGAGAGAAAUCUGUCAGAUUCAAACACACUGUUCUGUGUGUGAACGUGUGUGAGACAGAACGAGGGAUGAGGAGAGAGCGAGGAACACAUAGAAAGAGAUAACAGAGCAGCACAAAGUAAGGUCAACAGCGGAGGGUGAACCGGCGGCAGCAGCAGCAGCAGCAGCAGCAUCGGGAGCAGCUCUUAUAGGAAGGCCUGUUCAUCUAUGGAUCAGCCUUCAAACCAGGAACCCUGGGGAUUCAACGCUCACAACCCGACUGGCGUCCACGUUGAGAGCUGCCGAUCGACACUGAUGCGGAUACGCAGGUCACAGCUGUAGAGCAGCGAGGCCAGGGGGUCAGGGGUGAAAGGUCACUGACAAAACAGCCUAAGCAGGCACUGAGAUCGAAGGUUUUCUGAAGGGGCCGCUGUCAAUCUAGAAGAAGAAUUAACAUUUUUAAAAGCAAGUCUCGGCGACGGACAGCUUUUAAGAGGUGAAAAAUGAUGACGUCCCACGUAAAGCUGAGGAAGGAGAAGGGGAGUCUGGCCGAGUACGAAUCGCAGAUGAAAGACCUGCGGGCCCAGCUGACAGACCAGAUUAAGAUUCUAGAUUCCCAGGUGGAGGUGAAGCAGCAGCAGCUCUCCGACCUCUCAGAGUUCCUCCGGCGCCGGGGCGACAUCGAGGCCGAAUACGCCCGCGCCCUCGACAAACUCACGGAGAGAUUCACCCACAAAACUAAGAAGAAGGAGCAGUGGGGCCAGUCCGUGUGCCAGGUCUGGUCCGUUUUGCUGACUCAGACCCGUCUGGAGAGCCGGGAGCACGCGGCGCUGGGCGACACCUGCUGCAACGCGCUCACCCAGAAGCUCACGCACGGCACCGAGGACACGCACCGUCUGCACAAACGGAGUAAAGAAGUUGGAACUCAAAUGCAGGACGAGCUGCUGAAGGUCACAACCGAACUGCAGACGGCUCUCAAGACGUACAACCUGUACCACACGGACUGCCUGAUAGCGGAGGGGAAGCUGAAGGAGGCCGAGCGGCUGGAGGAGAGGCACACGGGCAAGUCGGCCGAGCUCGGCCCGGGCCAGUCGGGGGGGCAGAGGCGGAGCUCCGUCAAGAAGAUGGAGCGACUGAUGGAGAAGAGGCUCGGAAGAGUACAGGAGACCCAGCUGAAGUGCACCAAGGCCCGCAACGACUACCUGCUCAACCUGGCAGCAGCGAACGCCGCCAUGAACAAGUACUACCUGCAGGACGUCAGCACGCUCAUCGACUGCUGUGACCUGGGUUUCCAUCUGUCUGUGGAGCGGGUGAUGAAGUGCUACCUGGCCAGCAGGUGGCGAAUCCAGAAGACGGAGGAGACGGGGCUGAAGCAACUGGAGGCGGCGGUGACGUCUCUGGACCAGGGAGGAGACAGAGACGGGUUACUACAGCAACACGACGCCGCCUUCUGCCUUCCAUUCAGAUUCAACUACCACCCGCACGAGGGCGACCAGGUGUGUGAGGUGAUUGCGGACAGCCAGGUGAGGUACGAGCUGGAGACCCGCUUCCAGCAGCUCCAGUCCCGACUCGCAGCUGUUAUUUUGGAAACGGAGGAGAUCAGUAAAACGCUUAAAGCCACGCUGACGGCUCUGCUGGACACUAUAUGUGACAGCGACUGUAACCCCUCCCCUGAUGUGCCCAGCACCCUAUCGCACGAGACCUCUGGGGGAAGCUCCGCCCCAAAACACACCCUAGCCAAGCGUCGAGCCAAUCAGCAGGAAACAGAGACCUACUAUUUUACAAAAGUCAAGGAGUUCCUCACCAGCAGUUCCCUGGCCUCCAAACUUCAAGCCAAACACGACCUUCUACAGUUUGCCAUACAGAAAGCGGAGGCCGUCGACAGCGACCCUUCAAGAAUGCAAUGUGCUCGGUCAGUGCGCGUACGGAAGUCCAGACCCGUAUCCCAAUUCUGCCACACACUCUUCACCACAGACAUACUCUCCUACAUACAGAGCUCUGGCCAGCAGAUUCCUGUGGUGGUUGAAAGCUGCAUCCGUUUUAUAAACCUUCAUGGCCUCCACCAUGAGGGAAUAUUCAGAGUUCCUGGGUCCCAGAGGGAGGUUAACCUUCUCAGAGAUGCAUUUGAAAGAGGAGACGAUCCUCUGUCAGACAGUGAGUGUGACCUGGACUCUGUGGCCGGUGUGUUGAAGCUUUACUUCAGGGGCCUCGAGCCUCCUCUCUUCCCCUACGACAGCUACUCUCAGCUGCUGGAGUGUGUCCAAAUCGAGGAGGAGUUGGACAGAGCUGCCCAGAUCAAAGCGAUUGUCUCCACCUUCUCGCGGCCUCUCCUCAUCGUGAUGCGCUACCUUUUCGCUUUCCUCAAUCACGUGUCCCAGUACAGCGAUGAGAACAUGAUGCAGCCCUACAACCUGGCCGUCUGCUUCGGACCGAGCCUGCUGAGGGGAACAGACUCUGAUGAUGCAGUUGCUAGGCAGCCACAGGUUAACGACCUCGUCAAAACUAUGAUCCUCCAACACGACAUCAUCUUCCCUAGCCAAUCAGAGCAGCCGGGCCCCGUGUACGAGAAGCACAUGACUCUGGAGCAGGAGUACUGUGAACCAAUCACAGAGGAGGGAGACGGGGAAGCUGAGCAUCUGCCCAGUGAGGACGAGUGGGAGGCCGUGGCCAUGUUUGACUACAUGGCCAGAUCUCCAGCAGAACUGACGUUCAGACAGGGAGAUCUCAUAAUCCUUUACAGCAAGGCGUCCUGCGACUGGUGGCGAGGCGAGGUUGGAGGGGUCAAAGGUCUCAUCCCUCACAAGUACAUCAGUGUGCUGGAAGUGUCAGAGAGAGGAAAACGAGAAGAAGGAGGAGGAGGAGGAGGAGGAGGAGGCAGCACUGGAAACCUGACAACAGAGGAUCCGCAGACAGAGAACACAACCCGGAUGCGGGUGAACAGCGACAGCGCUUCGUUGCCUGGGCGACAAAGAGGAAGUGAGGGGAGUCCCAGUCGCAAGCCGCCAACCUCCCCUGCUGCUCGACACUUACCCGUGUCUCAGGAGAGGAGGCACACUCUGGAUAAUCUGAGACAGGGCAGCUUGAGGACCACAGACAGGCCCCCGGCUGGUCAGGUAGAAAAAACAGCAAUCGACAAGGAGAUGAUCAACCGUCAGAUGAACUCGGUGUUCAAGGAACUCCUCUCACGCCAGCCUCCUGUCCAGCCGUCCUCCCCUGCCACCGCCUCAGCCUCCUCCUCCUCGUCUCUUCCUCAAGCUGCCCCCGCUGCCAAAAAGGUCGGAUUCGGCAUCAGAGGACGGGCUCUUUUCAGGCCGGUGGACUGAGAGAAAGCAGUGGAUGACUGUGAAAACUGCUUCGCUGUUUGCCGACAUGAUGAUGAUGAUGAAGAUGAUGCAUUUGGUGAAGAUCUUAUUUUUGGACACAUGUAUAAUACUUGCGUCUCUGCCAUCUCAUAGUGCCACUAGUCUCAGUGUUGUGUUACUGUAUGUCCAGUGUGUCUGGUUUCGGUCUUUUUGUGUUUUCGGUUUGGUUUUGUUCUCCAGGCUUUUGCAAUUUUUUGGAGAAUCAGGGAUGUGACGUCACCAGUGAUAUCACCAGAUGGAUUAUUAAAACUUGAUUCAUCACAAUUCAUCAAAAGCAACUAAAUACUUAGGCCGCCCCCUAGUGGCAGGUCUGAGCUCUGUCCUCCUACUAAUCUUGUUUUUUGACAAACGCAAACCUGAUCUUGGACCUGUGUAUCGUCACAUUCUUUACUCUUCACAUGAGAAAAAAUGGCAGGCUUGAAUUCUGCGUCAUAAUUUAAAAGAGAAUGUGACCUAGGCAGGUGUCUACAAGAAAAUCCAAGUGUUCAAAAUUAAAUACAUAAAAUCACACUUUUUGGAAUAUAGGGUUAAAUAAACUGUAUAACAUAUAUAAAUGGACCAACAAUUUGUAAAAGACUGAUUUUAAACCUAACGGGUUGUUAUUAUUAUAAUUGUUAAAGGGUUAUUUAAUUUAUUAGUUAAAUAACAAUCAGUUGGGUUUUAGUACAUUUUAAUAGAACUAUUUGUGUGUACCCGUUAAGUUAUUGAUAGUAAAAAGAAUAAUUAUUAUUUUGGUCCCGUUAUCACUUUUAUUUUAUGUCUAAUUAAUAUAAUAACAUAAUGCUACAUUGUGUUUCUGCUGUCUUUUCAUUAUUUCACAAACUGAUGUUAAUUAACUUUUUUAUAACAGUUUAUUCAACGCUUUAUUCCAUAAUAUGUAUUUAAUGCUGAACACUGUGAUGCUACAUGUAAGUUAGCUGGGACAGCUGUUAGCAGCAGGAGUUGGUGUUUUAUAGAAGCAUGCAGCGUUAGCACACACGCGUGAUCCACGGCCUGGUGCACGGGCCAAAUCUCAGGGCUUUUGCAGAGUUAGAGAUCGGCUAACUCAGGUUUGGCGACUAAGACACAAGUAAAGGUUUUUCUCACUCAGGGCUUUGGUUGACUUACUGGACUCAACUGGGAAACUGCGCCCUUGCCUCAAGAAGCCAGAACGGCCCCUUGUCAGAGAGGACGUUGAUUGCCUCUACUUUAAACUGUGAAUGUGCUGAUGUGUUGGCACCAAGAUCCAAACCCGUGUCUCGUUCAUCCAUACAUUACGGCCCCCUAUUGAGCAGCAUCCACAGGUCCCAUUUGAACGUAUUGUUUAAAGGUGUGUGACUAGUUUGACCCCAAAAGCAUUUGAGGUGUUUCUACACGUAAACUACUUUGUUGUGUUUCGGUAUUGGAACCGUAGCAGCAGAAUCCUUUUUUAUACAUUGAUUCUGCUCCUAUGAUGAACACCCCGUUUGGUGAUGUCACUAAAUUUAAUGUGUCCAGUUGUAUAUGUGGUUAAAAAACAUGCAUACAAUAAAGUUGAUGAAGCGAUGAAUGAGAAA